AUGUCUUCCUCAAAUUCGUCGGCGGCGAAGCGGAAACAGAGAGACUCGAUCUCUCCUCCACCAGUCAAGCGAAAGGUCCAGAGCGGGACGACCAUCGCAAAUUUCUUCAAGCCCGCCUCCCAGAAGCCGAAAGAUCGCACAAUAUGGACAGAACGAGCCCCGAACGAAGACACCCCAGCGACCCUCUUGGUUGGUCGUUACGUACCUGAGAACCCCCCUGCCGAAUCGAAGAAGAGAACGAAAGUUGCCGCAUUCGAUCUGGACUCUACAUUGAUCAACACGGCUUCUGGCAAGAAGCAUUCAGACGACGGAACAGACUGGAAGUGGUGGCAUGCCUCCGUUCCCGGACGGCUGAGGGAGCUGUAUAACGAUGAGGGGUAA